AUGGGACAGACUUUAAGUGAACCGGUGGUUGAGAAGAUCUCCGAGGAAGGAUGUGACGAGUGCGUGAUCUACGGCCUCUCUGCCAUGCAGGGAUGGCGCGUCAGCAUGGAGGAUGCCCAUUCUGCUGUGCUUGACCUUCAAGGCGCAUAUCUAAACAAAGACAAUCAUGCAACGAACCCCAGCAAACGUAUGGCUUUCUUUGGCGUCUUCGACGGGCAUGGCGGGGAGCAGAUGGCUUUGUAUGCAGGGCAGAACGUGUCAAGGAUUGUUGCAGCGCAGGAGGCGUUUGCUCGCGGUGACAUAGAACAAGCCCUGAAAGACGGGUUUCUGGCAACCGACCGAGCUGUUCUGGAGGACCCCAAACACGAAGAAGAAGUCUCUGGCUGUACCGCGGCUGUCGCUAUUGUCUCAAACGAUAAAAUCAGAGUUGCCAAUGCUGGUGACUCCCGGUCUGUUUUGGUGAAAAAGCAAGAAUCAGCGCUGCUGGUGGUUUCGUCGACUUUGGCCGUGAAUCUGGGAACUGCCCAGUCCUUCUCAGGCCGUCGUAGAAUUUGUCCGACGUGGAAAUCGCCGCGAAACAAGCACUCCAUCAGAUUUGCGAAAACCCUCAUGGAUAACUGUCUGGCUUCCAACAGCGAAACUGGUGGCGUUGGCUGCGAUAAUAUGACCAUGAUCAUCGUCGGUCUUCUCAAUGGUAAAACCAAGGAAGAGUGGUACAAUACCAUUGCCGAACGUGUUGCAAAGGGUGAUGGUCCCUGCGCGCCCCCGGAAUAUGCUCAGCUCCGUGGGCCAGGCGUCCGGAACCAGUUCGAUGAGAACCCCAAUGAAUAUGAUCCAGCUCUCAACAGCCGAGCGGGCACUGGUCGUACGGGCCGAAUUAUCCUGCUUGGUGACGGCACUGAGCUUCUCACCGACAUGGGAGACGAAGACGAGAUGUUCGAAAACGGGGACACUGAUUCCGACGAAGAACCACAUACCGCAACCACCAAUUCCGUUGAAGACCCCUCUAGAAACGAACGCGAAGGCACUCCCGGACCUCAGAACCAUGUGGCCCAGACCAAUGGUGCCAACGAGGGAUCGAAGACUGCAGAAGUGACUCUUCCAUCCGCCACCCGGGCUGAGCCGCCAGCCAAUGCUACAGCCAGUCAAUCUUCUUCCAGUUAA